UCUCUCUAUCUCUCUCUCUCUCUCUCUCUCUCUCUCUCUCUCUCUCUACACAAACACGUACGGAGGCUUCGAUCUCAAGAGCAGCGACAUGGAAAGCAUCAGAAUAGUGGAGUUCUUCAAGAACAAGAGCAUUCUGGUCACUGGAUCCACUGGCUUCCUAGCAAAAAUAUUCGUGGAGAAGGUGCUACGGGUUCAACCCGAGGUCAAGAAGCUGUUCCUCCUCGUCAGAGCCGGUGAUGCCACAUCCGCCCACCAGCGUGUGCAGACCGAGAUACUAGAAAAGGAUUUAUUUAAGGUUCUAAAAGACAAACACGGCGACGGCUUCCGUUCAUUUGUUACGAGCAAACUUGUUCCUCUGGCCGGCAACAUAGUCCAGGAAGAUUUAGGAAUACAUGACUCUGAUCUCCGAAGAAACUUGUGGAAGGAAGUAGAGGUUGUUGUCAAUGUAGCUGCAACCACCAACUUUGAUGAGAGAUAUGAUGUUGCGUUGGGCAUCAAUGUCCUCGGAGCCAAGCAUAUCUUGGAGUUUGCCAAACGAUGUGUUAGGCUACAAAUGCUUCUCCAUGUUUCUACCGCUUAUGUAGCUGGCGAGCAAAGCGGACUGAUCUUGGAGAAGAAGUUUCUCAUGGGAGAGACCCUCAAGGGGGGCUCCUACUUGGACAUUGAAGCAGAACUAAGCUUGGCGGACAAGAAGAAGAGGGACCUCCGUGCAGAGGACGCGACCGAGGAAGCAGAGAAGCUAGCCAUGAAGGAACUGGGGAUAAACAGGGCUAAGUUGUUUGGUUGGCCAAACACCUACGUUUUCACCAAAGCGAUGGGUGAGAUGUUGCUUGGACACUCGAGAGGAGAUCUGCCGAUGGUUAUUUUGCGCCCAACGAUCAUAACAAGCGUUCAGAGUGAUCCACUGCCGGGUUGGAUCGAAGGAACACGGACGAUCGACAGCGUAAUCAUAGGUUACGCGAAGGGGAAGAUCACAUGCUUCUUUGGAGAUCUCGAUGUCAUCAUGGACGUGGUGCCCGGGGACAUGGUGGUGAAUGCGAUGAUGGCGACCAUGGCAGCUCACUCGAAUCAGCAGGCCGAGUUCAUCUACCACAUGGGCUCGUCCAUGAGAAAUCCAGUGACGUACGCCACCCUGGAGCAUUGUCACUUCCGUUACUUCCUUGCCAACCCUCGCGUCGGGAGAGAUGGAAGUGUCAUGCCGACAAAGAGGCUUUCUUUCAUCAAAAGCAUGGUCCUUUUCCGCGUCUUCAUGACUCUGAGAGACAAGCUGCCAUUGGAGGUAAUGCACCUGGUCAAUCUAUUAUCUUGUGGACGACUCGCUCGUGGAUACAAUGAACUCAACCGGAAGUACAGGUUCAUGAUGUAUCUUGUCGACCUUUACAAACCCUACGUCUACUUCGAUGGAUGCUUUGAUGAUCUAAACAUGGAGAGGUUGAGGAUGGCGGUGAAGAAGGACGACGCAGAGGCCACGAUGUUUGAUUUUGAUCCCAAGCACAUUGAUUGGGAGGACUACUUCAGUAGCAUUCAUAUCCCAGGUGUAAUGAAAUAUGCAUUCAAGUGAGCCAUCAAAGAUGAACAACAGGAUGUAAACCCCUCUUGGUGGAAAUAAGAUAUAAAUUGAAUAUCUAGUUGAAUCCUGUUAAAUUAGAUAAGGAGAAGAGAUAGAGCUAUCAAACAUGACAAAAUAUUUUGUUUCACUCAAAAACUUUACUCAA